GCUUUCUCUGUCCACCGAACUUGACUCCAGGGGCCGGAACUUGAGUUCCCACUGCGCGGUAAGACAAGAGGACGAAGGAGACAACAGAGGGCUGCAGAGGAAAGCAGAAGAAAAAGCAAAAACUACCUGCUCACCAGCGAGGUGAAAGAGUGCCCAGGAAGCCAGAGCUAUGCAGUUCUCCAGCUCAUCCAGGACAUCGGAUGAGAAUGUGGACUAUUUGUUCAAGGUCAUCCUCAUUGGGGACUCCAACGUGGGGAAGACAUGUGUGGUUCAACAUUUCAAAUCUGGAGUCUACAGUGAGUCCCAGCAGAACACCAUUGGGGUGGACUUCACCGUGCGCUCCCUCGAGAUAGAUGGCAAGAAAGUGAAGAUGCAGGUGUGGGACACGGCAGGCCAGGAGCGCUUCCGUACCAUCACCCAAAGCUACUACCGGAGUGCCCACGCAGCUAUCAUCGCUUAUGAUCUCACACGGCGGUCCACAUUCGAAUCUGUCCCUCACUGGAUCCACGAGAUAGAAAAAUAUGGAGCUGCCAACUUGGUCAUCAUGCUGAUCGGGAACAAAUCAGACCUGUGGGAGAAGCGGCAUGUCCUGUUUGAGGAUGCCUGCACACUGGCUGAGAAGCAUGGCCUCCUGGCUGUCUUGGAGACAUCUGCCAAGGAGUCCAGGAACAUAGAUGAAGUCUUUGUGCUCAUGGCGAAGGAGUUAAUUGCCCGCAACAGCCUGCACCUGUACGGGGAGAGUGCCCAGCAAGGUCUUUCCCAGGAUUCCCGCCCAGUUCUUGUGGCCCAGGUCCCCAAUGAGAGCACCCGCUGUACUUGUUGAACAUGUGUGGGAGGCCAGCACAAAAGCCAGGGUAUUCAGACACCAGUGUCUCCAGUAGCGUUGCCAGCUGAACCUGAUGAGCAGUACAGACUCUUAAGGAAAGGGGACACCACUGCCCUCAAGGACUCCAUUGAAGUGAGGACUUCAGGCCCUGGAGGAAGAGGGCUAGGAUGGAUUUUCCUCAUACUGGUCUCUGUCUCCCCAACAUCCAGCUGUUUUAUAGUGGAGUUUGCGUCUCUGUCGUACAAAGACGGUAGUAAAGUGGGGAGCAGGAAGAUGCAAAGAGGGUAUUUGGAACAUUCUAGACUUGGAGUCAGCCCAGGCACUAUUGGGGAAGGCCUGAAAUGAAAAGCCAGCCUCCUUCCAACAGUCACAGCCAGGCCUGUUACCCAGGGGCCAGAAAUGCUUUCUUGCCAAAUGGUCAGGAACCAGGAGGCAGAUGGAACUGGCUUGCCCUCUGUCCACAGGGUGGAAGAAAUACCUACUAUGAAUUCUUAAAACAUCAAAUUAUCUCUUAUACAGAAGUCAGACCUAAGUUGAAAUUAAACUGUCCUUAUAUUAUUAACAAA